CGAAUAUAAGCAUGAGAUUUCAGAGAGAACACUUCUCACUUCAUAGAUUCCAUUGAGAUGACAUUGCCACUAGAUUAACAUUUUCACGUGUGACUUGAUGUUAUUGAAAAAUGAACGUUUUAUUUAAAAGUUUGCCAUUCAUAAAAUAAAAUGAUUAUCUGAGGCAUGUAUUUCAAAUUAAUUCUCAUCUGGCUCAUACACGAUAUAAUAGGGCUGUCAGAAAGCGGGUUAGAACAGAAAAGUACGACUCAUUGGGAGCAACAAUUUGCCCAGCCGUAUUUCGAUAAUACUACGAGACGGGAGGUCACCAGUACAGUUGGCCAAACUGCACAUUUACAAUGCCGUGUUAGGAAUUUAGGAGAUAGAGCGGUUUCUUGGAUCCGCAAAAGAGACUUACAUAUUUUAACAGUAGGAAUUUUAACGUACACAAACGACCAAAGAUUCCAAUCUCUGCACACCGAUGGAUCCGACGAGUGGACAUUAAAAAUCACUUCACCACAAACUAGGGACUCCGGAAUAUAUGAAUGUCAAGUCAGCACGGAGCCAAAAAUUUGCCAAGGCUUUAAACUCAAUGUUGUCGUAUCAAAAGCAAAAAUAAUUGGAAACGCAGAGUUAUUUAUAAGAAGCGGAUCGGAUAUCAACUUGACGUGCAUCGUUCUGCAAACACCCGAUCCUCCAAGUUUCAUUUAUUGGUACAGAGGGGGAAAUGUGAUAAAUUACUCCCAAAGGGGCGGCAUCAGCGUGGUAACUGAGAAACAAACACGCACUAGCCGACUACUGAUUUCUAGGGCAUCUUCGCAGGAUAGCGGAAAUUACACGUGCUCACCAUCUAGCAGCGAUGCCGCAAGCGUUGUCGUUCACGUAUUACAAAGGGAACAACCAGCUGCUAUGCAACAUGGCAGCAAUCCAAGCCCCAGCAUCAGCUUAACCGCUGCGGCAACCAAAUGGACUAUUAAUCAUAUAUUUCUCUUAUUAUUUCAAUAUAUCAUGUAUAAAAGAUAAUAUUAUUAAUGUAAUAUAA